AUGGCGCCGAAUGCGGAAGAAGCAACAUCGGUUCUAUCUGAAGCCAAUUUUGAGAAACUGGUCCCGCCCCAGGCGUCGCCGUGGAAAUAUGAAAUUGUUUAUCCGAGUGUGGUGGCGUUACUAGCUGUACACAUCAUGGCUGCUUACGGUCUCUUUCUAGCUGUUACCACUGCGUGCUGGACUACCAUUCUAUAUAAUUAUAUUUUACUGGAGUUAUCUAUGCUCGGAACAACAGUUGGUGCUCAUCGUCUGUGGUCGCACAAAUCAUUUAAAGCCAAAAUGCCUUUACAGAUUAUAUUAAUGCUUAUGCAGUCUAUGACUGGUCAGUUCACGGUCACUAAUUGGGUCAGAGACCAUAGAAUGCACCAUAGAUAUACAGAUACCGAUGCAGAUCCACACAACCCGACAAGAGGUUUCUUCUUCGCCCACAUCGGUUGGCUUCUAGUCAAGAAACAUCAAGAAGUGAAGAACCGGGGCAAAUUUAUCGACAUGAGCGACAUCUAUGCGAAUCCGGUUUUAAGGUUUCAGAGAAAAUACGGUCUAGCCAUAAUUGGUUUCAUGACCUUCGUGCUGCCAACCGUGGUGCCCAUCUACUUCUGGGGCGAAACCCUCAAUGUGGCAUGGCACAUAUGCAUGCUGAAAUACGCCUUCAUCAUCAACAAAACGUUAACAGUGAACAGCGUCGGGCAUACGUGGGGAUACAAAACAUACGACAAGAACAUACAGCCGACAAACAACACAAUUUCUGAAGUUCUUACCCUGGGUGAAGGUUACCACAACUACCACCACGUCUUCCCCUGGGAUUACAGAUCUGCCGAAUUCGGGGACAGCAAGUUCAACUUGUCCAAAAGGUUUAUUGACUUCUUCGCAAAGGUUGGAUGGGCGUUCGACUUGAAGAUGGCACCGAAACAUGUUAUAGACCGUAGAGUUGAGAGGACUGGUGAUGGUAGCGAUUUUUGGGGUUACAAGAAAGCAGAUCUCUAUUGA